CUAUCACAUGAAUACUGCCAGCUUCCUUAUACUACUAGGUUCCCGACUAAUUCUUUUAUCAAUUCUUCGGACAUCGGGAUUGCUUGGUAGUGUAUGCUGCGUUAUAUCGCCACUCGACGUAAUACCAUCGUCAAAAACAAGCCUCAUCCACGAGCUAGCUACCCCAGUGUUCUCCUUUGCUCUCGUCUCAGCCUUUUCUCCAGGCGUAGCACUCACUCCACUACAUCCCUCUCCACUGCUAAGUUCAAUAUGCUCUCAUUACCCUCGACCCCACCCCCAAAGUCGAAAAUUCUCGUCCUCGGAGCAGGCAACUUUGGAAGCUGUUUGGCAGACCAUCUUGGGAACUCAGACCAUGAAGUGUUCAUGUGGUCUCGAGAAGCUCGUUUCGUUGAAUACUUCAACAAGCAUCAGCGGAACCCAGACUAUUUGAAAGAUCACGAAUUUUCAACAAAUAUCCGCGUUGUUGGUCCGGAGAUACCCAGCAAGGAGAUGAUGAAACAGAUGGAUGUUUUACUUUUUGCAAUACCAACGCAAGGCGUCAGAGAAACACUCAUCAAACUGCAGCACAGCUUCGACCGCGCGAACUUGCCUCUGAUGAUUUUCGUCAACAAGGGUAUUGAAACAGACACGCAGGCAUUAACGCUCGAGAUCAUUGCUGAUACCUGCGGAAGUGAGAUCGCGCGUGCAGCAACUUUUAUUUCUGGACCAUCAUUUGCAAAGGAAAUUGUCCGCAGGCAACCGACCUCCGUAUCCGUCGCGUCUCUAACAGAAUCGCAAGCAACGAAAGCGUCAGAAAUAUUUCAUCAGCCGUGGUUCCGGUGUUACACUGGAUCUGAUCCGAUAGGAUUGGAACUUGCAGGUGCUCUAAAGAACGUUUAUGCUAUCGCCACAGGGCUUGCCGAUGGACUCGGAUUCGAGAAUAACACUAGAGCCGGUCUUAUUACUCGGGGCCUCGCUGAAAUGACUCGUAUCGGAACAGCGUACGGAGCGUCGCCAUUAACAUUCCUAGGGCUCGCCGGUGUGGGAGACCUGUUUCUUACGUGUAGUUCGCCAGCCAGCCGUAAUUACACUGUGGGUUAUCGACUAGGUAAAGGAGAACCGCUGGAGGAUAUUAUCAAGACCCUUGGUAGUGUAGCUGAGGGCGUGACAACAGUGAAGGGGUUGAAGAAGAUUAUCGAUGAGAUGCAAGUAUCUGCGCCUCUUGCCAAUGGGAUAUAUGCUCUUCUGUAUGAAGGAAAAGACCUGCAUGAAGGUAUACAAGAGCUGAUGUGUCGCCCGCCGUCACGCGAACUGAACCUACCGGAGAAAGCAGGGGAGCCUGCUAAGAGAUUAAUGCUGAAGCUCGGAUUGGACGUAUGAACGGUUUUCGUAUACAUAGUUCAACUGAAAGUCUCGAACGAGGGUCCCGUUUCCGUAUUGCAUGUGAUCCUGACUAUCUUCCAGAAAAGGAAUGUUACAUCCGGUACCUAGAUCAACGACCCACGCGCGACGGACUAUACAUACAAACGUAAAUCAUGCAGGAGACGACUGUCCAUCGUCCACGUCCGAUGACAAAAAAUUCUAGCCAGAUCUUUUGCUGUCUGGCAUGAGGUGGUCCAAUGGAUCUGGGGGAAACGGAGGUGAUCGGCAAGAUUUUAGUAUAAUUCUUUAAAAUUACGUAAGGGUAUCCAAGUAAAUAUUUUCGCACG